GCGCGUCCCUUUCUCCCGCCCCACUAAGACCCGACGCCCUGUGACCUGUUCAACGACCAACUGUCGGAUCCGCUGCGAUCAUCUCGGAGUGUCGCGUGCGCGGAACCAGCAUUCCCGUGCAUCUACACGAUUGAUCCACGCGACCCCUGAAACGGAUGACCAACACGUCACACACACCGGGCGUACACUUUACCACCUAUCCUGUAAAGGAUCCCGUUGCAGCAGCGCGACGGCAACCAAAUCACCAGACCGAGUGUGAAACCCUUGUGGGACCAUCCGAGUCCCACUAACACGCAAAAGGGACGUGCCCAGAGAAACUUGAAGGAAAUAAAAAACGAUGAAUGUGACAAGCUCAAAAACAAAAAAGGAUAAAAAUCCCUCGCGACCAUCUUCUAACCGAGCUUUCCAGUGGUUUAACAAUCGGAUCACCCACUAAUGGAAAAUCACAUCCGAUCCUUUUCUUUUCUUUUUCUUUUUUCCCUUUGCGACUCACUAAAUAGAUUUUUAGUUUUUCCGUACAUAUUUAAUUACGGAACGUAUCUAAGCGAUGAAUAGAAACAUGAGGUUUCGCUCGACGAUCAAAGCAUGACCUACGCUAACACGUUCGCUAAUGCCAACCGUCCUGGCCAUCCGCGCGCCACCACGUGAUCCGUACGGGAGCAGCCGAACUCGGUGUUCUAACUUGUGGGCCCCCUGAUGGUGAGGGCCGACUGGCCAGGGCCCACCCGGCGACAAUCCAGUUUGGUUUAGCUAAAAUAUUUUCGGUUAUUUCGUGGCUCCUGAUCUGGACACGUGGCCCGCCUCGCCUCAACACCUACCCACUCUGAUUCCCACAAUAACUAAAAUGACGGGCUUAAUUUAAACCGAAACCAACAGGAGGAAGACGAGAGAGAGGGAGAUGGCGAGCGAGAAAGACGGGUAUUGGAUCGCAGUCGGGGCGCGGCGGUGCGACUCUUGCAAGUCCGCCCCGGCCCUGCUCUUCUGCCGUGCGGACGCUGACUACCUGUGCGGCGAGUGCGACGCGCGCUUGCACGGGGCGCGGCCGCGCCACGGGCGCGUGUGGGUGUGCGAGGUCUGCGAGCAGGCCCCCGCCAGUGUUACCUGCAAGGCCGACGCCGCCGCAAUCUGCGCCGCCUGCGACGCCGACAUCCACUCCGCCAACCCCCUCGCCCUCCGCCACGAACGCGCCCCCGUCGUCCCCUUCCUCGAGCCCCUCGCCUCCGCCGCCGCCUCCUGGCUCCUCCCCAAUCUUUGUGCUAAUGGCUUGAUGAAAAAGCCGGACGGCAAACAGGUGGACCACUUCUUCUCGGACGUAGAAACGUACCUGGAUCUGGAGCAUGCCACAUCGAUGGACGAGCGAUACCAGCAGGGAGACGGCGUCGUCCCGGUUCACGCCAAAGCUACCGUGGGGGACGGCGGUGCGCCGCCUCUCGGGCCGUUUCUCCCGCCCGAUGGCGUCUUCGAGCUCGACUUGGUCGGAUCCAAGCCCUCCUACAGCCCCUACACCGCCGACUCUCUCAGCCACACCGUCUCGUUCUCGGAGUUCGGGGUGGUGCCGGACGGGAACGGUGGCGGAGCCAAGUGGGCGACGGUGGACGUGGCUGGCGGAGGGGGAGGUAGGGCAGCGGAUCGGAAGGCGAGGGUGAUGCGAUACCGGGAGAAGAGGAAGAGCCGGCGGUUCGAGAAAACGAUCAGGUACGCGUCCCGGAAGGCGUACGCGGAGACGCGGCCGCGGAUCAAGGGGAGGUUCGUGAAGCGGUCGGAGAUCGAAGCGGUGGAGGUCGGCCGUAAGCACUCGUCAGCGAUGGGGGUGGCGUUCAUGGUGGAUCCCGGCUAUGGCGUGGUGCCCUCGUUUUGACGACUCUCUCUGGGCCUGUAUUAUGUAUUUGUCGAUGGUAUUAAGGGGGUGGGGGGUUAUGUUUAGCUCUUUUUUGCCCCCUUCUCCCCUGCAUUAGGUGUAUAUUAUUACCACUAAUAUGUCUCUAAAUGGGGUUCUGUUAUUUCAUCCACGAAGCGGAUGCGUGCGUGCUUUUGCUCCCCGA